AUGGAUUGGUUUAAUUCCAGUGGAAUUGAUGCGCUUCCGUUUAUCCAUCCUAAUUCCUCAUGGUCUUUGGAUAGUGGAUAUUCCUUGGCCACUAUAGCGGGACUAGCUGCUCUCGUAAGUUUUCUAAUAUUGUUCACAAUUGUCGGGAACGUAUUGGUUGUUAUAGCAGUGUUAACAAGCCGCGCACUGAAAGCUCCCCAAAAUCUCUUUUUGGUAUCGUUAGCCACAGCGGACAUUCUAGUCGCCACUUUGGUGAUGCCAUUUUCAUUGGCGAACGAACUUAUGGGCUACUGGUAUUUUGGAAAAGUUUGGUGUGGCAUUUACCUGGCUUUAGACGUCUUGUUUUGUACUUCAUCCAUCGUCCAUCUAUGCGCUAUCAGUUUGGACCGCUACUGGUCCGUAACGCAAGCAGUCGAGUAUAAUCUCAAACGGACCCCGAAACGAGUGAAGUGUAUUAUCAUCAUAGUAUGGCUAAUAUCUGCCUUCAUAUCAUCUCCCCCGCUGAUUUCAAUAGAUAGCAACAAGGACAACAGUUCUCAACCACAGUGUGAACUCAACGAUGACACGUGGUACAUCCUCUCAUCCAGCAUUGCGUCAUUCUUUGCUCCUUGCCUAAUCAUGAUAUUGGUGUAUAUCAGAAUAUACCAAGUAGCCAAAACCAGAACCAGAGGCAUGUCAGAGAAAAAACAAGCACAAAAUGGAUCUACCCAGACUGAGAACGGCCUUAGCAAACUCAACGGAGACAGAGAGAAUGGGCACUGCCAAUGCCCACCUACACCCAGCCAGCGCACUACCAUCGGGCACACCACCGAGGUGGAGGACCUGGAGGAAAGCUCCUCUUCGGAGGGGAAAGGUCACAAACCUCCAGAUCUGAACCCAAAACGGGCCAAGCGGGCCAAGCGGGUGAGCCGGAAAGAAAGUUCCCUCUCCAAACACUCCAGCCGCAUUUCACGAGCCAGUAACAAAUCAAUGGACCUCUUUGCCUCCAGAAAGAAAAGGAGGAGGAGCUCAGUAUCUCAGAAAAAGGUUUCCCAGGCCAGGGAGAAAAGGUUCACCUUUGUGCUGGCGGUGGUCAUGGGGGUGUUUGUAGUCUGCUGGUUCCCCUUCUUUUUCAGUUACAGCCUGUAUGGAGUAUGCAGGGAUUCCUGCAAGAUCCCCGAGCCCCUAUUCAAGUUCUUUUUCUGGAUUGGUUACUGCAACAGCUCCCUCAAUCCAGCUAUUUACACCAUCUUCAACCAGGAUUUCAGACGAGCCUUCCAUAAAAUUCUUUGCAAGUCGUGGAAAAAGUCAUUUUAG